AGCUGCGGGCUGACAGGGUUGGACGUGCAGUCAAAGUGCUUGUCCUGUCUCAUCCCUGGACACUUUGAGCAGACUAACGCAGAUCUGCGUUAUUUUCGUGGGUCCUGCAGGUCGAGCCGCCUCUGUCGUCUUCUUUUUUUUUUUUUCCCCCCCAUCGGUGAUGGAAAACACCCGCUGCUUUGCAAACCGCUUCUCUGACUACAAAGGCGCGCUGCUCCCGGCCCAGGGCGUUGAGGCCGCCGUAGUCGCCACCGUCGAUAAAAUCCUGAAAAACGUCCCCGUCGAGAUCAGCGCCUGCGACGGGGGGCUGUACGAUGGGUCGGCCGGGGUGGCCUACAUGCUGUAUCACGUCGGCGAGUGCCCGCUGUUCUCCGAGCACCGGGACGUCUAUUUAAAGACGGCCAAGCAGAUCAUCGACGUGUCGGUCAGAUACGUGGAUGCGGAGCCGGACAAGAACAUGCGUGCCGCUUUCCUGCUCGGCGGGACGGGCGUCUACGCGGUGGCCGCUAUGAUAUACAAAUCCCUGGGCUUGGCAGACUUCGUCAAGCCGCUCACCAAAUUUCGCAACCUGUGGGAGGUGUGCGCGCCCAUCAAUUUUCUGGAGUGCGGCUCGGACGAGCUGUUCGUGGGGCGGGCUGGGUACCUGUGUGCCGCCCUGGUCCUCAGACAGAAGCUGGGCAUCGAGAUUCUGAGCAAGGAUCAAAUUAAAUCUAUUUGCCAGGCCAUCAUCGAGUCAGGAAAACAGUACGCCAGGAAAAAGAGAAAGCCUUUCCCCCUCAUGUACUCUUACUAUGGGACAGAGUAUCUUGGUGCGGCCCACGGCCUCUCAUCGGUGCUGCAGAUGCUGCUGAGCUGCCAGGACAUGCUCAGUGGUGCAGAGAAGGACCUGGUGUGGCAAAGCGUCGAUUUCCUCAUGAACCAGGAGCAGAACUGUAACUGGCCCGCAGAGCUGGGCGCCAUCAUCGAGAGAGAGAACGAGCUGGUGCACUGGUGCCACGGAGCGCCGGGUGUGGCGUAUCUUUUUGCGAAAGCCUAUCUGAUCAAUAAGAAGCCCCAGUAUCUGGACACGGUUAUCCGCAGUGGCGAGCUCGUUUGGCAGAAAGGUUUGCUGAAGAAAGGGCCUGGGAUUUGUCACGGAGUUGCGGGCAGCGCUUACGUCUUCCUCCUGCUGUAUCGGCUCACAGGGAACUCCAAAUACGUCUACCGUGCUCAGAGGUUUGCCGAGUUCCUCUUCACUGAGGAGUUUAAGGCUGGCUCGCGCUCAGUGACCAGUGUCUACAGUCUGUUUGAAGGCCUGUCGGGGACGGUUUGCUUCCUGGUCGACCUCCUGCAGCCGGACAAGUCAGAGUUCCCUCUGUUCAGUGUCUUUGUGUGAACGAAAAUUUGGUUACUGUCAUUCACAGACCUGAACAGACAUUACUCCUCCCCUAUGAAAUUCGUUGAGAGCUGAAUUGGUAGAGACUUUAGAACUAGAUUUGAUACUGUGAUCGCAGUGGGGGUGGAGGACGGUAUUUGUUUGGGGUUUAGAAAAUCACAUAUCAGUACAGUUGCAGUAGAAAAAUUGUCUUGUUUCGUGUCUCUACUAAAGUGGAUGUUCAGCUUCCAGGCUUUACCAGACGCAUUCCACUUACUGUUAAAUUGUCCACUUAAAUUUACAAUGUAGCCAAAUGCACUAAAGCAGGGGUUUUCACACUGUGAGGGUCCCCUCCCCGGGAGGGUGUGGGGAGAGUUGAAGGGGACGCAUUGAGGGAGAGGCGUGAGGCGAGAAUGCCGCGGGAUGUGAAAAUCAUACUUCUUCUCUGUGUGAUAACCCAGUCAAAUCUGAACACACAGACGUGACUGACAAAUUUUAGAUUCAGCACGACUUACACCUCCCAAGGAUAUCAUUAUCUCCGAUGUCCAUCAAGAAUAAAUGCCUGUAAUCCUGCUUAGAAAUCUAGGGUCACGCUUUCAGACUUUGAAAACCCCUUCACUAAAGUAUUGGGAGCUUUGAAACGUGGUACUGCUCCUACGGUAAUUGAAAUUGCAGCAUAUUCUACAAAGAUGCUGUGCUCAGGUCACAAACACAUGCACCAUUAACAGCUGAAAUGAAUGGCAAUCACACCCAAUUCACACAUAAGAAAAAGAGAAAAACAAGUGUCACAUAAUGCCUUUAAAAUUUUUCUAGCACUUCACCAGCUCAGUGUCACGCAGCCCUUUGAGUUUUAUGUCUUUAGGGUACGUAAUUUCUCAAAUGAUUGUUGUCACGACCUUUAAUGAUAAAUGUAAUGGAGGGAUUUUGAUACUGAAACUGUGCAGCGAGGUACAGCCAACAGAUGCUGAGAGAAAUAACUGUAGUUCAUCGUCUUAAUAAUACUCUCACUUUGUUUGCGCUUUGCAAUAUUACUGUCUCGCCUGUUCGAGGUCGUAGCUGUGUGACAGCUUUUUGUAUCUAUUUGAUGUUUCAAACUGCGUUAGAUACUGUACGGGGAUGUUUGACAUGUUCAAUAUGUUGUGAUUUGGUACAACUUUUGAGCUUGAGUAUGUUAGACCGCAGGUUUGGGAUGAAGACUGAGAACAAAAAGAGUAAAACAAUGUCAGUGUGAGAAUUGAAUUUUUCUUCCAAUUCAGUCGGUUCAAGACGCAACUAUUUGCAGCUCAGUUACGUAGGUUACAGGCGACAGAGGAUUUCUUUUCAUAAAUGUGAUAAUAAGGCCUUAAAAACGAAUUUCUACCAUUUGGAUAUGAUCACGUCUCUCAGCGUAAAAAGGAUUGACAACGCUGAAAACUGAAAAUGCUUUGGGCGGCGUUACUUACAUGUGGCUCAAGUUGGUGAAAGGGCCUGUGAAUAAUAGCAAACCAAAGCAGUUUCCCGAUGCUAACUGUGUCUGUUGUGGAACAUUUAUAAACUGUGCAUGUGUGUGUGCUGUUUUUGCAUUCGCAGUCCAAGCUGUCCACAACAAAAUCUACAGGAUUAUUGUUAUUAAUAAAGUGUUCAGAUGAAAAAAGAAAAAGGAAAAAAGAUGGAUGUUUUAUUUACGUCUCAAAAGCCUCGCACACACUACCUUCACAGCCUGACGCAAUAACAAACAUAUCAAAUUUGAUUUACAUGUGAACAUGAUCUUUAAAACAUGAAUCAGAGCAUCAUUGACAUUAUAGAUCCCACCUUGAGAUAAUUGUUAUGAUGAUCACGUUUUGGAAGUUACACACUAAUCCAUCAUCUUUCACUGCAUUGCUGCAUUUUCAUUUUGGUUUCAUUUGCAAAUUUAACACGGCGGAGAAAGAAGAAAACAUCUCACCUAUUCAAUCAAUUCUCCCGUAUACAGUGUAUAGUCCUAUCCCUCAGAAUUUCAUGGCUCGCAGGUCUAAAGAAAGAGGAAACAAGUAACAAAGAAGGGGAGAAUAAAGAUUGAGAUCAGAUGUUCCAUUAAGCUUGUUUUCCAGAUGUAUCUGGCCACUUCUACAUUUGUCAGAGCUGACAGGUGUAAAGAGAGAGAAGUCAUGAAAGUAAAUGCAACAUUUGUUGAGCUAACAGAGGCUGGAAAUGUGACUUUGGUCUGCAAGUUGGUUUCUAACAGUGGUGGAAUGUAACUGAGGACAUUUACUCAAGUACUGUACUUAAGCACAAAUUUGUGGUUCUUGUACUUGUCUUUUCUUUUCAUGCCACUUUAUACUUUUACUCUACUACAUCUAUUUGACAGAUUUAGUUCCUAGUCACUUUAGAAAUUACAUUUUUUUCAUACAAAAGAUAUGAAGAGCUUAUGAAAUACAAUGCUUAGUUAUACAUGAAACCACCCAACAGUAUAUACAUGUACAGCUGAAACAAUAAGGCUGUAGUGACAGAAAGUUCAACUACUUUGAUAAUCCUUUUUAAUUUUUCAUGUAUAAAUGCCAAAUAUUUCAUCCUUCCUGCUUUGCAAAUAUGAACAUUUGCUGUUUUUCCUUUUAAUUAUUUUAACAAAUUUAUUUUGUCUUUAAUCAUUUUGGACUUCCUGUUGCACAAAACAAGCAAUGUGAACUUUAAACUCUGGGUCUGAUGAUUGAUGAAUCUAGUAAAUAAUCAGCGGAUUUAAACAGUCACAAGGGUCAUUUGUAUGCAUUAAGAACUUUCACUUUUAAUACUUGAAUUACAUUUUCCUGAUUAUAAUGACAUACUUUUACUUUAUAGCCAGACUUUUACUUGUAACAGAGUAUUUCUACAGUGUGGUAUUAGUAAGCUUAUUUUAGUACUGAUCUGAAUAUUUCCUCCACCUUUGGGUUUUAGCCAGUUAAAGUAAAAUGAAAGUGAGGAUGAACAGGAACAAACAACAUCAUUGCAUCUGUUUGUUACUUUUUCAUUUUUGCUUGAGUUUUUCCAUUAUUGGAGCAUGUGCUAUAGAACCAAGACAUCCUUUGCACAAUUAUUAUAAUAUUUGAAAUAUUGAAGUAUUUAGUAUCACAUAUUAAAUAAAUACAUAAAAUGGGAUAAGAAAUAAGAAACUGCAAAAGGCAUAGGUGUUUUUACUUAAAUCAGUUUGAAUAACUACUGAACAGGAAUGAUCUGUACACAUCUCUAAAUUUAAUUUACAAAUGCAGUGACGAGUAAUUCAAAAGAUGGGAGAGAUGUGUAAUACUGGUCUGCUCAAACCUCAUUUCUCAGUGUUUCCCUAAAAUGGUUAAAGGUUACUAAUAGCGUUUAAUAUGUAGCAGCAGGUCAUGUGUAUAAAGGCCCAAAAGGCCAGGCAGCAGGGCCUUUACGGGGAUUUUGAGCAAACCAGAGCUCAGUAUCCGUAUGACACUAGCCAGAAUUCAUAGAUGUGGCUCUUUUGGAUCUCAAUCUUCCCUUUUAUUCUGUCCUAUCAUUUAAGAAAAUGAAAGUGGAGAGAUGAGUGAAUGGAAAACACAAGACAUCUGAAUCUCCGUGUCACAACCUUCGCUGAACUGCUGCCAGGGCCACUGUGGAAGUGCUAUUUUCAGUCUAGUGUUUUUAUCCUGUUUCAUGCUUUGUUUGUGUUAAUCGCUUUGUUUUGUUUCAUUGUAUCCGCACCCUCAGGUCCCACGUUGGACUUGAUCUUUUUGUUUGUUUUUUUGUUUGUUCUCUGAACACUGGGACAACUGUGUAAUGGGUGGGACUUAAACCCAGUCACGCCAAGUCAGAGGACCUGAAAUUGACCAAAUCCAAUUUAUUAAAAAGAAGUGAAUAACUUUAAUGGUACAAUAUCAUUCUUUGCUUCCAACUGAAUUGCGUGAUUUGUUUGACUAAAAUAGUGCUGCAGUUUUGUUUUUUGUCAUGCGUGUUGUCCUGUUUGCGCAGUCACAAAAACUGCGCCCCUCUACGCACUGGACAGCGCAGCGCGUCUUGCGCCCCCCGCAGUCUCUCCCGGGGACAACACUUGGCUGUGAAAACAUCCCGCCUC